GGGAGGCUCGUGGUGUCUGAAGUCAACUCUUGCCUUGGGAGGGGUUUUUCUCCUUGCGCGCCAUCCAGAAGGCAGCCUCUUUCUCUCUCUCUCUCCCUCGGGUGACGGCGGCAUUAACGGGGAGCGGGGAUUCCGUCGCAACUGCGCACGCUGGAGUCCCCGUGCAGGAGCGGCGAUUCUGCGGUCCAAGAACAUAACAGAUUAAAGAACUACAUUCUACAGCAACAAGACUUUAAGUAAUACAAUGUGUUUGCCAGCUUUACAAUGAUUAGGAAUGACUGGGCGACUGUCUAACAUUCAUUGGAAUAUCUGGUCUUUAAGCCACAAAAUUUGAAUGAGGAACCUUGGUCAAAUCUAAACAGUGUGAUGUUGAAAUGAGAUGAGGCUCCGAAAUGGAACUGUGGCCACUGCAUUGAUUUUCAUCACAUCUUUCCUCAGUUUAUCAUGGUAUACAGCAUGGCAGAAUGGAAAAGAAAAGCUGAUUGCUUAUCAAAGAGAGUUUCAUGCUUUGAAGGAGCGCCUUCGCAUCGCUGAGCACCGAACCCUGCAACGUUCUUCUGAAUUAAAUACCAUCUUGGAGCAGUUCAGACAGGCAGUGGCAGAAACCAAUGGAAGUAAGGAUGCAUUGAGCCGUGUUUCAGAUGAAACAUUAAAGUUGUUAAAUGAACUGACAAACAGAAGAUCUCUUCAAGUGCCAAAUAUAUACUAUCACUUGCCUCAUUUGUUGAAAAAUGAAGGAAGCCUUCGUCCUUCUGUACAUGUUGGCUUCGGACGAACAGGAGAUCCUACUGUUUUGAUGCUAAGCAUGUGGAGAGGUCCUGCUCUUUUUUCAAUGCUUUUCUGGGUUCAGAUUCAGACAGAACUUGACUAUGUAAAUGGUGUUGUGGCAAACCUUGAAAAAGAGUUUUCGACAGAAAUUCGUUCUGGUUUAGUGGAAAUAAUAGCUCCUCCUGCAUUUUACUAUCCUGACAUGAAAAAUCUAAAAGAGACAUUUGGAGAUUCAAAAGAAAGAGUCAGAUGGAGGACAAAGCAGAAUCUGGAUUACUGUUUUCUUAUGAUGUAUGCACAGAAAAAAGGUGUAUACUACAUUCAGCUUGAGGAUGACAUCGUUGUCAAGCAGAAUUAUUUCAGCACAAUAAAAAAUUUUGCACUUCAGUUGUCAUCAGAAGAUUGGAUGAUUCUAGAAUUCUCUCAGCUGGGAUUUAUUGGGAAAAUGUUCCAGUCUCCAGAUAUUACGCUCAUUGUAGAGUUCAUACUUAUGUUCUAUAAAGAGAAACCAAUUGACUGGCUCUUGGAUCACAUUCUUUGGGUGAAAGUGUGCAAUCCGGAGAAAGAUGCAAAACAUUGUGAUCGCCAGAAGUCAAAUCUCAGAAUACGGUUCAGGCCUUCGCUUUUUCAGCAUGUGGGCCUACACUCUUCCCUAGAAGGAAAGAUUCAAAAACUCACAGAUAAAGACUUCUUGAAACCAUUAUUGCAUAAAAUUCAUGUGAAUCCACCAGCAGAGGUUUCUACAACGUUAAAAGUCUAUCAAGGGCAUGCUCUUGAAAAAGCCUACAUGGGUGAAGACUUUUUUUGGGCUAUCACACCAGUUGCUGGAGAUUAUAUCUUGUUUAAAUUUGACAAGCCAGCUAAUCUAGAAAGAUUCCUGUUCCAUAGUGGCAAUCCAGAACAUCCAGGGGAUAUAUUGGUCAAUACAACUGUGGAAGUAUUACCUCUUAGGAAUAAAGAGCUGGUAUUAAGCAAAGAAACCAAAGAGAAACGGUUAGAAGAUGGUUAUUUCAGAAUAGGCAAAUUUGAAAAUGGCAUAGCAGAAGGAAUAGUCAAUCCUAAUCUAAAUCCAAUUACAGCUGUCCGGCUGUUCAUCAUACAAAAUUCAUCCGUCUGGGCAAUCAUAAAUGAGAUUCAUAUUAAAAAGCUCCCCAACUGAUUAAUAUUGAAGAAGUAAGAAGAUAGAUUUUGAAUAUUUUUGCAAAAUCGUCCGAACUGCAGAAGGAAGAUAUUGAGUACGCACCUUAAUUCAACUCAACUGAAACACUACCUCCCGUGAAUUCUACUGUAAUUGAAAAUAAGGACUCAGCAAGAAGGAUUGAUUACAACGUAGAAACUGAUAUUCACCUGGCAUUCUUUAUCUAUAUUAAUAAUUUGAACAUGACUUUGGUUGGCUAGGGAGCACAUAAAUUCUCCUUGGCCUAUCCAAUGGUGAUGGGUUAAGUACAUAAAAGGUGUACAUAUUGUUACAUUCCUUGGAAAUGAGAAAAAGGUGUUAAAAUGCAUUUUAUGAAGAGGGUACUUUUUGAAAGUCCAUUUAUUUUGUUAUUGAAAACCCUCUUUUAUAGAUUAUCAGGGAUAUAUAUUCAAAAAUUUUAGGGUAUUUAAUUUAUUAAAUAAUUUGAAAAGUACAUAUUUUUAUGCCAAUAAUAACUUGUUUUUUAAUGUAUUAUCUUACUUCUUGAGUUAAAUGUACAUUUUACUUGGUUAAUGAUCAUAUUUUGUAAUGUAUUGCCAUGGUUAGAAGAGUUGAACUGAAUUUGCCAAUGAAGCACUUUUGUACCAGACCAGAUUCUCCUGCACAAAUCCCACUGAAAUAAGAAGGGUUUCACAGAAGAACAUCCUCAUGAAAAGUUCACAGAAUCACGGAUAUGGUGUUCAAAGAUACACACAUGGCAUGCAAGGACUUUGAAGAACAUUACCUAUGAUUUUCAUCGCCCUGGAAUUAAGGAAUUUUAUAUUUCAAUAGAGUGAAUGAAGUCUGCAGCAAUUUAAAGUUUGAAUCAUUCCCCAUUAAAGGGGUACUUUGAUAACAGGUUGUUCUUUUUUAAUCUUUGUAAAGUUUUCUUCAAUGCAAUCAGCCAAGUUGCUCUUUGGAUAGCAAUGCCUUCUGAAAUCAACUUUUUUUUUUUUUUUGCAUUCCCUUUUCAAUGAACUCUGCUCAGUGCUUUUGAAUGAUUUAAUUUAGCAUUAUGUUAGGGAUAAUGGAAUAGAUACACAGUAACCUCAGCUGAGCUUUUAUAAUUGUAACUUUGUCAGUCCUUAAAUGUGGAAGUGAUUUCUAUUUCUUAAGAUCUAGCUUCUGUUUAAAAGCAUUGCACUCCAAUUGACUGAAGCAAGGCUCCUGUGAUUUAAAUGCUUGUUGUCUUUUGUAUUUCAAAGAAAAAAGAUGUUUGCUUGGUCAGUAGCCUUGAAGAGAGGCAAUUCAAGCACUUUGUGCUCCGUAGCACAGAAAACAUGCAAUAGUAAAGUAAUAAUAGUAACAAAACAUGUUUUUUCUUAUCUAACUCCAGCCAAGUUAUGAAAAGCAAGGCUAUUUUUUUAGUUCUGUGACUCACACAGGUAAAUUGAAUCUUCUUCAAUAGUGAGAGCUUGUAUUGUGAGUUAAUUCUUAGAUAUUUCUGUGUCUCGGAUGUAAGUUUUUGCCAAAAAUCAAUGUCUCUCUUGCCUUCUAUCAAAUAUAGAAAUGAUUUGUAAUGUAUUGAAGGGAUUGGACAUCUGUUUUCUAUUUGAGUCUAUGAAGAGUCCAACCACUUCUAAAGAAGAAGAAAAAAGAUCACAGUAUGAAAAAAACACUUGAAUUGUUUCAAAUUAUUCAAGACUUGAGAUUGCUUUGAUUUUAAUUAGAUCUGAUCCUAUAUUUAUGAAAUAGUUUUGCUGAAAUUCUUUGUUGGUUGGGGACAUUUGCAUAUAGAAUUGCUUGUAUGACAUACUAAGUUAUGGAUUUGAAUAUUACUACUUCUAUAAAA